GCCAAACAGAACGUAACAUCGCAUCAAGGUGACCGUGCGAUGUUAACCUGCAUAGUAAGCAACCUUGGCACCAAAUCGGUAUCAUGGAAGAGGCAGGGCGAUUCUCAUCCAUUAACGAUCGGUAACUCAGCGUUUGUGUCAGACUCUCGCCUGAGUGUGAACUUCAACCAGGUGAGCGACGAGUGGUCGCUCAUCAUACAGGACAUCAAGUUGGCCGACGAAGGCGUCUACGUCUGCCUGGUCACCACAAAAGAUCUUAAGUACAAUGCCUCCGCUACAGUUUGGCUCAACGUUAAGACCAUUCAGAUUUCAGGAACGACGUACGUGGAGGUGGGGCAAACCAUCAAUUUAUCCUGCAACGUCACGGGUAGGCCCCUCCCACCGCACCACGUCACGUGGUACAAAGAUGACGAGGUCAUUAUUUUUGACCCGCGACAGUCAAAGGUCAAGGUGAAUCAGACUUUGUUUCAGAACAACUACGUGAGUAGGCUGGAGAUUACGAGGGUGGUCUCGAUAGAUACAGCCUGGUACACGUGUAGGUCGUCCAACGAUGAUUCAGACAGCAUUCAUGUCCAGGUAUUGAAUGGU